AGACAAUCUACACAAUCCUGUUUGUACACGCGAUUUUGACUAACGUUGGUGGGUUGGUCAUCAGUGGACAGUCAGAAGAGGCAAUUGUGCCCCAUGAACAGAUAGCCUCUUCCCUCCAUGUCGCAAACCGUGGGCAAGACUCGUCUUGCCUACUCUCGGACAUGGCAUUAUAUCGAUAUUGGCAGUGAUACAAGGUCGUUAGGCCGGGUCGCAACCUCGAUAGCGACUUUUUUGAUGGGCAAGCAUAAGCCGAUCUGGGAUCCUUCGACAGACUGCGGAGACUAUGUGGUGGCAGUCGGAUGCCACGAUCUACAUGUUACGGGCAAGAAACGACAACAGAAACAGUACUACACCCACAAUACACGACCGGGAAGCCUCAAACAAAUGAGCAUGGAGCGCAUGAUCGAGAAAUGGGGUGGAGGAGAAGUCCUCAAGAAAGCUGUGAGAGGAAUGCUCCCAAAAAACCGCCUCAGAGACAAGCGAUUAGCCAGAUUAAAAGUUUUCGAAGGAACGGCACAUCCCUACCGUCAGAACAUUGUCCGAUUUGCCGGGACACCACACAAAGGCAAGAUUAUGGAAGCGAUUGAAGCAUCGAAACCCGCGACAAGUACUACUUCAUGACGGAGCAAGGAGCAUUUGUUGUAAUUAUGGAAUCUAGCAAGAUGUAUGAAUACGAUUGUACAUUAUCCUGGCCACAGAACGUUUAUUGCGACGCCUUCUAUUGAACCGGCAGAGAACUCCAACCAUUGUCAUGAUCGUGAUUUGGUAUAUGGUGUAUCCGAUAAUACAAUUUACAACUUGGCCUUUACAUCGCG